GAGGUGACCGGAGCGCUGGCGGUUCAUAUCGGUACAGCACCUUAAAUGGGGGCACCUCACACGUUUGGACUUCUCUUCAGUAACUUUGAUGGGGACUUCGACAUUAAGCAGGGAAAAUGCCUGUGAUGAAAGGAUUAUUAGCACCGCAGAACACAUUUCUGGACACUAUAGCCACACGGUUUGAUGGCACUCACAGCAAUUUCAUCCUGGCCAAUGCUCAGGUGUCCAAAGGCUUCCCUAUCGUCUACUGCUCAGAUGGCUUCUGUGAGCUCACGGGCUUCUCCCGGGCGGAGGUCAUGCAGAAGAGCUGUGCCUGUAAGUUCUUGUAUGGGCCUGAGACAAGUGAAAGCAUCAUACUCAGCAUUGAUGAUGCCUUGGAGGAGCGCAAGGAGUUUAAGGAUGAGAUUAUGUUCUACAAAAAGACAGCAGUCCUGUUCUGGUGCCUGCUGGACAUUGUACCAAUUAAGAAUGAAAAGGGAGAUGUGGUGCUCUUUCUUGCUUCAUUUAAGGACAUCACUGACACCAAAGCCAAAGCCAUCCCAGAGGACAAGAAGGAAGAGCGAUGGCGCAGCAGGGUGAAAGCAGGCUCUCCCUUUAGCUCAACGCGUCUGCGGAGCAGUACAGUUCUCUAUCACAUCUCUGGUCACCUCCACAGCAGAGAGAAGAGCAAGAUUAAACUUAACAAGAACGUGUUUGGGGAUCCACCUGCUCUGCCCGAGUAUAAGGUAGCAGAUGCCAAGAAGUCCAAAUUCAUCUUACUUCACUAUAGCACAUUCAAGGCUGGUUGGGAUUGGUUGAUUCUGCUUGCCACGUUCUAUGUUGCUGUGACGGUGCCCUACAACGUGUGUUUCAUCGGGGAUGAUGAUGACCUGACCCGCAGCACGACUGUUAGCGACAUCGCAGUGGAAAUACUUUUCAUCAUAGACAUUGUUUUCAAUUUUCGCACAUCUUAUGUCAGCAAGUCGGGCCAGGUGAUCUUUGACGCUCGACAGAUUUGCUUCCACUACCUGACCACGUGGUUCAUUAUCGAUCUAGUGGCCGCUUUACCCUUUGACCUACUCUAUGCCUUCAAAGUCAGUGUGGUGUCUGUGGUCCACCUGUUAAAAACGGUGCGUCUGCUUCGUUUGCUGCGGCUGCUCCAGAAGAUGGACCGCUACUCCCAGCACAGCACGGUGGUCCUCACUCUGCUUAUGUCCAUGUUUGCCCUGCUCGCCCACUGGAUGGCAUGCAUCUGGUACGUCAUCGGCAAGAUGGAGAUGGAGGCCAACACCUACAGUUGGGAUAUUGGAUGGCUUCAUGAACUAGGAAAACGUCUGGAGUCACCGUACUAUGCCAUAGGAGGCAUGAAUGGAACCGGCAGCAGCCUGUCCAUCCGGAGCAUCUAUAUCGCAUCACUCUACUUCACCCUCAGCAGUCUGACCAGUGUGGGCUUCGGCAACGUGUCAGCCAACACUGAUGCAGAAAAGAUCUUUUCUAUUUGUGUCAUGCUCAUAGGAGCUCUGAUGCAUGCCUUGGUCUUUGGUAAUGUGACAGCCAUUAUCCAGAGGAUGUACUCACGCUGGUCCCAGUACCACACCAGAACCAAAGACCUUAAGGACUUCAUACGUGUCCACCAUCUGCCACAAAGCCUCAAGCAGCGAAUGCUGGAGUACUUUCAGACAACCUGGUCAGUCAACAACGGCAUCGACUGUAACGAGCUGCUAAAGGACUUUCCAGACGAGCUGCGUUCCGACAUCACCAUGCACCUUAACAAGGAGAUCCUGGAGCUGUCGCUGUUUGCCUCUGCCAGUCGUGGCUGCUUGCGCUCCCUGUCUCUGCACAUCAAGACCUCAUUCUGCGCUCCUGGAGAGUACCUCCUCCGACAGGGCGAUGCACUCCAGGCCAUUUUUUUUGUCUGUUCAGGAUCCAUGGAGGUGCUGAAAGAUGGCAUGGUGCUGGCUAUCCUGGGUAAAGGAGACCUAAUCGGGGCAAACCUGUCCUUAGAUGACCGGGUGAUAAAAACCAAUGCGGAUGUGAAAGCCCUGACCUACUGUGACCUGCAGUGUAUCAACCUGCGGGGGUUGUAUGAGGUAUUGGACCUAUACCCUGAAUACUCCCACCACUUUGUCCAGGACAUCCAGCAGGACCUCACAUACAACCUAAGGGAGGGACACGAGACACACUUUAAAGCCAGACUGUCCACAACAGCUCUAGAUACUCAGUCUAGGGUGAGAAGGAACGGGCAAGUGGCUCAUGGCUAUCCACCCAUCUUCAAGGCUCAGCAGAAACACGACAAAGAUGAAGACGAGGAAGAAGAUGAGGCCACGUCUGUGUCUUUGUCAUUGGCAAGGAAACGAGCAGUGAACCUCAGGGACGCCGGAGGGAAGUCUCCGCUGUGUCGACCCAGCCAGAAGACCGUGGAACAGAGCUACAGGAGGUCUCUCCAGGAAAUUAAUCUCACCACUUUAGACCCUUCCAACCUCAGCUCCAGGAUCGUGGAUGGUACUGAAGCCAAUGAGGGGACGGAGAGUUCCCGGGCCUUCUCCUUGUCCACCACCCAAGGUUGUCCUGUCAAAAGACCAACCAGUGCCUCAGCAUCUGCUGCAGAAAAGCUGCGGAUCAGCACAGCUGAAAUAGCAGCUAAAACAGAGGAGACCAGAGGACAACUGCAACACCUCAACCAGCAGGUGAGCAGCCUUGGGCGGGAAGUGGCUGACCUUGGACGAGUCAUGAAGAGGAUGGCUCAACUCAUGGAGACCCUUAUAUCAUCAGUGCCACAGCCUGCAGUAGUCUGCCCCACACACUACUCCCCAGCACACCACACAUACCUGCCCCAUACUAACCCUCCUCAGUCUUAUCCUUCACCUUCCUCCUCUCAGACUGCCCUCAUCUGGACAGACACACCUAUGUCAUUGCCCUCCUCUCCCCUCACCAUCCCCCAGCAACAUGAUCUGAUAUGCCAUGCAGAUUCUCUCACACGUAGGCCCCAGGAGCUCCAGCUGAGGCAUACAGUUAUCCCCAGCUCAGCUCCAACUCCAGCACCUAACUCAUCAGCACUUCAGUUACAGCCUAACAUGUAUUCAUCACCCCUCAGUUCGCCAGAGAUUUCCCACUUCAAAGACGGGGCUUGUAGCUCAAUCAGGUCAAGGGUACACAGUCCUCCUCUGCAGGACGGGGGGAGAUGAGGCCCCUCAUCAGGGCUCUAGGUGUUCUCCUCAAACUGGACUUGUGGGGACCUGCCACAACCUAAUAAAGGGUUUGUAGCAGCCCUUAGUCUGAACUGAAUUUUCCUAGACUCUGCAGGACAUUUUUCAGGAUAUUUUUGGGACAUGUUCCUGAACCGAAGAUCAAACUGAUCAAAUGGGUCCCCCCGCAUCACUGGAGGACAUUUGCAGGGACACAACUCGGAUUCUUUUUAUUUUUGGUUCCCUCUGAUUCUUUUUGUUGCACGUGUGUAAGAUUCUAGUUGCAUGACAACAAGUACAGGAGGUUUAGGUGUCUCAACUUUACCUUAUAGAACCGUUGUGUUGUUAUGUAGAGGUUUGGGUCUGUUGUGGUGCUGUAUGAUGGCAGCUCAUACCCAACCUUCAACCCACCCACCUUAAUGUGUCUUCAGAGAGCAACAACAAAAUUAUGCCAUAAUGGAGGACACGGGGGACAUGGUGGAGGGGGAGAGAGUUCUUUUUGUCCUCUCUUUAUUUUGCUCCUGUCUAGCCCUUCUUUCCUUGCUCACUCAACCUAUGCCUGAUGCCCUGGAUUGCCCCAACCAGCACAUGGCUGGUUGGGGCCAGUUGGACUGGGAGCACAGAAUGGCGUGAGGAGAGAUACAGGGUGUAUUGUGUUUUUUAAAACUGUCCUUCGGGGACCGGGGGGUAGAGGGUGAAAUAAGUUGGUUGCCUCAGGCAGCACAACCCCUGUUGUCAUCUGUCACACCAAGCACAAGGACACUUCCUCCCUCUGUCUCUCUUUUCCAGUGUAUCUCUCCAUACAUCCACCGCUCUUUCUCUCCCUCCUCCUUUCUCUCUCUCAUUCUCUCUGCAUGCCUUUCUGAGCCUUUUGAGUAGUGCCUGUAGACACACAUUAACAUGCUGCAUGUCACCCCGUGGAAAUCCAGCUUGCCAUAUAUCUAUCUAUUUAAAGGAAAUAAGGUUCCUUCUUUUAAUAUCUGAACCUGGCAUUUACUGAUGCAUAUUUAUCAGAUGUGGUUGCAGUUUAAACAACUGGAUAAUUCAACUCACAAGGUACUUGCCCCUGUUGUGAAGUGGCCUGAAUUGGCUCAUGAUCCACAGUGUAGACUGAUGUUCCCCCAGGGUUACCAACUCUUGAGGUCCUUCUUCCCAGCUGUUCAGAGUGAAGGCAAUAUUCCCACAUAAAAGCACAAUAAGGGGAAAAAAAGACACUUUUAUAUUUCUAUGAAUGUAUCAAUGCUAAAGAUGUAUUUUUUUACCUCAAGGAAUGCAAGAAUGUGGGAUGGCAGUAAAUGAUGCUGCUGUAUCUGAGGUUAUGGCAGCAAUGUUUGCUAUUGCCAGCCAAUGCAAUCCUAAACCAGGAAAAAGGUUGUAACUUUCAGCCCAACAGAUCUACUGUUCUCUUUUGAAUUCAUGUAGGUUUGACUCCGCUUCUCUGCA